CAACAGGAUAAAUUUGAAAGGUUUCCGGCGGAGACUCCACAGCCGAAGCUGCUUCCUCUCUCUUUAUCCCCGCCGUCCUCGGCGGCGUCCGUCGCUUCCAAAGGCUACGAGGGCGAGCUUCGAGAGAGCGAGAGCGUGAGAGGGAAAGAUGAAGGCUACGGUGAAGGGGAGAUACGAGGGGGACAAGAGCUCCACCUUCGCCGCCUUCGCCGUCAACGCCGGCGACCUCAAGCUCAAGGCCUCCAUGACCGAUGCCACCUUUGUCCACGGCCCCUCUCUCAACGGCCUCGCUUUGUCCGUGGAGAAGCCUGGCUCCUUCAUCAUCGACUACAACGUCCCCAAGAAGGAUGUUAGGUUUCAGUUCAUGAACUCUGUGAGGGCUUUCGACAAGACGGUGAAUCUGACGUACACUCAUGCCCGCGUGGACAACCGGGUGGGCCUCGACGGCUCGGUGGCGUUCGAUCCGGCGAACAAAGUGUCGGUCAGCUAUGCUCUGGGAUCGGGGAAUUGUAAGGUUAAGUAUGUGUACACGCAUGGGGUGCUAAGGCGGACAGUGCUGGAGCCGUGCUAUGAUGUGUCCAAGAACUCGUGGGAUUUUGCGGUCACGAGGAAGUUUGACGGGGGUGAUUCGCUUCGCGCUAUCUACCAAACAUCAUCGAAGAAUCUUGGGCUUGAGUGGAACAGGGAAUCGAAGCCCUAUGGAUCCUUCAAGAUUUCCACAUCAUUCAAUCUGGCAGAGCAAAAGAAGGUUCCAAAAAUAAUAGCUGAAAGUACAUGGAAUUAUGAAAUGUGAUCUUAUAGCUCACCCAUGCCCAUGGGUUCUUUAAUCAAACAAUUUUUGUUGUCAACCUUCUUUAAAAUUUAGUUACCAAAUUUUCUUUGUUAAGGUUGUUAUUUUGCCAAGGCAUGAGUUUGAAGAGAUAAAGACUUUGCAUCUGCCUAGGAACAAAAUUCAGACUUUUUAUUUUUUUUAUUGCUUUGAAUUCAUUUUGU